AUGUCUAGAGAUGAUAAUGGUUGGUCAAAGCUUUAUCCUGAUCUUUUGCGACCGAUCUUCGAAAGCUUAAGUUGCUUAGAUUUUCAUCGAGCAAGAACAGUUUGCUCAAACUGGUAUGCCGUAUCUCAGACAUGUCCUCUGUAUCCAUGGCGAAUCGUAUUCCGAGGUAAGAACUCUGUCUUGUUUGAUCCAUUACAAGACAAGAUCUACACAAAAAAUCUUCUAGGAAUCGACUUAUCCAAAAUCCAUUGUCUCGCUAGUUACGGGAAUUGGAUACUAGUCGUAGAUCCUCGUCUAGAUUUCCACCUUUUGAACGUGUUUACUCGCGAGAGUAUCAAACUCCCUUCAUUAGAAUCAUCGCUUCGUGGUGAUCGUCCUUUUAGAUUCAUACGAAAUGACGAGUUUGGAUACUUCCUUGAGCUCUACGGCACCAAGUUUCUCUUGACAUGGAACGAUUUUAGGUUUGAAAAACCGGCUAUUCUGUGGGUAAACGGGAGGACUGGAGAUUACGUCGUUGCUUGGACUAUCAAACAGUUCUAUAUCGUCUCAUACAAGAAAAUAGGAAAUGAUGAUGAUGAUGAUGAUGAUGAUGAUGAUAAGCGAUGGAGUAUCACAUGCACACAGUGUGAGGACAUGGCUUAUAAAGAUUACAAGCUUUAUGUCUAUACCUUUGAUCAUUACAUCAACAUUCUUGAUUUUUCUGGAGAUUGCCCUAAAGAAACCAAGGAAGUAAACCCUUAUCUUAGUCAUCCUUUUCGCUUCGUAGAUACGAUCUAUAAGUUGAGACUUGCGGUCACAAGAGAAGGAGAGGUUUUAAUCGUUCUGAGUUUAGAAGUGUUAGAUGAUACAAAGUUUAGCAUCUUCAAGCUGAAUCUUGAGAUUGGCGAUUGGGAAAGAGUAGAGUCUUUGGGAGAUGAAAUGUUGAUUUUUGGUCAUGGGGUCACAAUAAGAGCACCGGUCAAGGAUAUUAGUGGCGGAGGAAUCAAGAGUGAUUCAAUCUGUUUCCUUGAUGAUGACCAUUUGUUUGAUAACACAAUGAAGAGACAACCAGUUUGCGGUGUGUUCGAUCUUGCCACAAGUACAAUCACAUGGCAUACAAGAUUAGAAGAUCUGUCUUCCAAAAUUUGCUGGUUUGUUCCAGGAUAUGCUAAUUAG